UGCUCCUUGAAGUCACUACCAUCACAUACCCUGAAUAGCCUGAUGAUUCAGUGGCUCUCAGAUUUUGAACAGAAGAUCACUGAGACUGUUAGUGUGCAUACUAUGCAAAGGAGAACUUAGCAGGAUGAACAGGGAAAGUGAUGCUGUUGUUAAAGUUAUAUAAAUGAGGGGUAAGCUAGUGAUACACAUUCCUCCUCCAGUUUAUCUCUAGGAAAAAAUCCCAGAAAUACCUUUGACCAUCCAGCAUGCCAGUUGGACUUGAUCCCGUAUUGGUAGUGGGAUUGAAGAGACAUCAGGUUCAAGCCCAUGCACAAAAGCAGAAAGUACUCUGGAAGGAGGCAAGAUCUUUAACCAGAGAAGUCAUUGAAUAUCUAGCUCAAGAAUAACCCUUGGGAGCCCACCCCUCUAUAGCAAAGUGAGAUCCAGGAACUGGGUUUAACUGUCAAAGCACAGUUACUGCUUUCACCGCCUUUAGUCCCGAACCGCUCGAACUGAACACGCAGCGUACCCGACCGCAGGGUAACUCGGAGACGCUGCGCACGUGGGCGGAGGCGGGUCGCGGGCGCGCGCUCGGGGGCGUGACCUCCGGGAGACGCCGGAAGCCGUUGCGCCGGAGCGUCCGGUUCCGGGAGCCGAACUUCUGCGUCCCUGUCAGGGUGCCCUCAGAAGCCUCCAGUUGAAACUCCAGCAGAAGCCAGGAAUGAUGGCCGUGGACACAAGAAAGUCUGCUGGCCAGCUGUUCCAAUCCCCAUGCGGUCAGCAGGGGCCUGUGAUGGUGAAAGUGAAGUUGGAGGAAGACCACCUCAGGAAUCAGGGUCUCAGCCUUCCAGAGAACCAGCCUCCUGCCUGGGAGAUCUUCAGGCAGCAGUUUAGACACUUCUGCUACCAGGAUUCCCCUGGUCCCCAAGAAGCACUGAGCCGGCUCCGGGAGCUCUGCCAUCAGUGGCUUAGGCCAGAGACACAUACCAAGGAGCAGAUCCUGGAGCUGCUGGUGCUGGAGCAGUUCCUCUCCAUCCUGCCCCAGGAGCUCCAGGCCCAGCUGCAGGAACAUCAUCCAGAGAGUGGGGAAGAGGUGGUGACCAUGCUGGAGAAUCUGGAAAGAAAGAGAAAUGUACACCUUUCAGCCUGUGCUCUGGAACAGAAGAUCCUUUUGCAGACAGUGACACUUAAGACACUAGAUGAAGAAUCUUCAUGUACCAGAGUUCAACCUCCAGCAGUCCAGUUCAAGGGCAAAGGACCUGAGCCCCACGCAUCAGAGGAAGGAGAUAGUGGUGUGAGGACUGAGAACCUGACAUUAGAAAUGAAGCAGGAACCUUAUGAAGAAAUAUUAUGGUGUAGGGAGGGGUCUGAUGGACAUCAUGAAACUGUGUGUCAGCAUGCCACAUACAGAGGAGACAGUGAGCCUAGUGGAAGUUUGGAGUUGCAGGAUGGGGAUGCCACCGGUGAAAAAUCAUAUGAAUGUGAUGAAUGUAGGAAAACCUUCACUUGGAUAAGAGGCCUUCAGCUGCAUAGGAGGAUCCACAUUGGGAAGAAACCAUAUUCCAGUACAGAAUAUGGAAAGGCCUUCAUCAGACGUGUAGAACUUACCCAGCAUCAGGGACUUCAAAGCAAGGGAAGACCUUAUCAGUGUAAAGAGUGUGGCAAAGGCUUCAGUCAGAAAGCAGGCCUCUCCCAACAUCUCAAAAUCCACACUGGAGAAAAGCCCCAUCAAUGUAAUAAAUGUGGCAAAUUUUUUAGUCAGAGAUCAGUUCUUACAAAGCAUCAAAGCCUCCACACUGGAAAGAAACCUUUUGAAUGUAUAUACUGUGGGAAAACCUUCUGCCACAGUGCAGACCUCACUGAACAUAGGCAAUUCCACAACAAAGAGAAGCCUUAUGAAUGUAAUGAAUGUGGGAAAACCUUCAGGCAGCGUUCAAAUCUUACUGAGCAUCAGCGAAUUCACAGUAAAGAAAAACUCUAUGAAUGUAAAGUAUGUGGAAAAGCCUUCGCUCAGUAUGCAGGACUUAACCAACACCGGAGAAUCCACACUGGAGAGAAACCUUUUGAAUGUCCUGUAUGUGGACGAGCCUUUAGCCGGAGCUCAGAACUUAUAAUACAUCACAGAAUUCACUCAGGGGAAAAACCCUAUGAAUGUGCCGAGUGUGGAAAAACCUUUAGAGUGAACUCAACCCUGGUCAUACAUCAGAGAAUUCACACUGGGGAGAAGCCCUAUAAAUGUGAUGAGUGUGGUGAAGCCUUCAGUCAACACUCAGGCCUCAACAAACACAAGUUAGGAGGGAAGCACGGAAACCCUCCUAAACCAAGAAAAUAUACGUGUGAUAUAUGUGGGAAGACCUUCACGCAGUUAACUGGCCUAAGAAACCACAAAAGAAUCCACACUGGGGAUAAGACCUACCAAUGUCCUGAGUGUGGCAAGGCCUUCACAAGGGGAGAGCAUCUUAUUGAACAUCAGGGGAUUCACAACAAGGAGAAGCCUUAUCAAUGUAAAGAGUGUGGCAAAGCCUUCAGUCAGAAGACAGGUCUUAGUCAUCAUCUCAAAAUCCACACAGUAGAGAAACCUUUCAAAUGUUGUGAAUGUGGGCGAGCCUUCAGCUGUAAGUCAAAUCUCAAUAAACAUAAUAGAGUCCACUCUGAGGAAAAAUCCUAUACAUGUAAGUAGUGUGGAAAGGCAUACAAGCAGAGAGCAAUGCUGAUCCAACAUCAGAGAGGCCACAUCCUACUAAGCCCCAGCAGUGGUGAAUGAGGUGAAGCCUGCAGUAGAAGCUCAGUUCUGAUUAAGCACCAGAGAAUCCACUAAAAUGACUCCUUGCCAAGGUGUUUGGUGACAACUUCAAGUAGAAUUCAGAAUUUUUUUUAAUUGAGAUAAAAUGUUUCUUGAACUUCCUUAUUUAAAGAAUGUCAGAGAUAACACAUUGAAAAGUUGUUUAAAGGUCAUAAAUGCUGGAAAAGUUGAGAUUUUGGAAAAAUAAACAUCAACAAGAAAUUUACCUGUGA